GGCGGGGCCUUGGGCGGGGCUUUGGGCGAUUGCAGCCGGCGGUCGGUCCGCCGGUCGGCGGCUGUGUGGGUGGCCGCCAGGUCGGCGGGGGCGGAGACGCGGGAGGUUGAUGGGGGUCGCCUCAACCUCGGCCUCAACCUGUAGCACAGCUUCAGCCACGCAAACGGAGAUGGUGCCCUGGGUGCGGACGAUGGGGGAGAAGCUGAAGCAGCGGCUCCGGCUCGACGUAGGACGCGAGAUCUGCCGCCAGUACCCGCUGUUCUGCUUCCUGUUGCUCUGCCUCAGCGUCGCCUCCCUACUUCUCAACAGGUAUCUUCAUGUUUUAAUGAUCUUCUGGUCAUUUGUUGCUGGAGUUGUUACCUUCUAUUGCUCAUUGGGACCAGAUUCUCUCUUACCAAAUAUAUUCUUCACAAUAAAAUACAAACCCAAGCAGUUAGGACUUCAAGAAUUAUUUCCUCAAGGUCGUAGCUGUGCUGUUUGUGGUAAAGUGAAAUGUAAACGACAUAGGCCUUCCUUACUACUUGAAAACUACCAGCCAUGGCUAGAUUUGAAAAUUUCUUCCAAGGUUGAUGCAUCUCUCUCAGAGGUUCUUGAAUUAGUGUUGGAAAACUUUGUUUAUCCGUGGUACAGGGAUGUAACAGAUGAUGAGUCCUUUGUUGAUGAACUGAGAAUUACAUUACGGUUUUUUGCAUCUGUCUUAAUUCGAAGGAUUCACAAGGUGGAUAUUCCAUCUAUUAUAACCAAGAAACUGUUAAAAGCAGCAAUGAAGCAUAUAGAAGUGAUAGUUAAAGCCAGUCAGAAAGUAGAAAAUACAGAGUUUUUACAGCAAGCUGCUUUAGAAGAAUAUGGUCCAGAGCUUCAUGUGGCUUUGAGGAGUCGAAGAGAUGAAUUACACUAUUUAAGGAAACUCACUGAACUACUUUUUCCUUAUAUUUUGCCUCCUAAAGCAACAGACUGCAGAUCCCUGACCUUACUUUUAAGAGAGAUCCUGUCUGGUUCAGUGUUCCUUCCAUCUUUGGAUUUCCUAGCUGAUCCAGAUACUGUGAAUCAUUUGCUUAUCAUCUUCAUAGAUGACAGUCCACCUGAAAAAGCAACUGAACUGCCUUCCCCUUUGGUUCCAUUCUUGCAGAAAUUUGCAGAACCUAGAAAUAAAAAGCCAUCUGUGCUGAAGUUAGAAUUGAAGCAAAUCAGAGAGCAGCAAGAUCUCUUAUUUCGUUUUAUGAACUUUCUGAAACAAGAAGGAGCAGUGCAUGUAUUGCAGAUAUGUCUGACUGUGGAGGAAUUCAAUGAUAGAAUUUUGCGACCAGAGUUGUCAAAUGAUGAAAUGCUGUCUCUUCAUGAAGAGUUGCAGAAGAUUUAUAAAACCUAUUGUUUGGAUGAAAGCAUUGACAAAAUUCGAUUUGAUCCCUUUAUUGUAGAAGAGAUUCAAAAAAUUGCUGAAGGCCCUUAUAUAGAUGUUGUGAAACUUCAAACUAUGAGAUGCCUUUUUGAAGCAUAUGAACAUGUACUGUCUCUCUUAGAGAAUGUGUUUACACCUAUGUUCUGCCACAGUGAUGAGUAUUUCAGGCAACUUUUAAGAGGUGCAGAAUCACCAACACGCAAUUCAAAAUUGAACAGAGGUAGCCUAAGUUUGGAUGAUUUUCGGAGCACACAGAAGAGAGGAGAAUCAUUUGGAAUCAGCAGAAUAGGUAGCAAAAUUAAAGGAGUAUUCAAAAGUACCACAAUGGAGGGAGCUAUGUUGCCUAAUUAUGGGUUAGCCGAAGGUGAAGAUGACUUUAUUGAAGAAGGUAUUGUUGUAAUGGAAGAUGAUUCUCCAGUGGAAGCUGUGAGCACACCUAAUACUCCCCGAAACCUUGCUGCAUGGAAAAUUAGCAUCCCAUAUGUAGACUUUUUUGAAGAUCCCUCCUCUGAAAGGAAGGAGAAGAAGGAGAGAAUACCUGUGUUUUGUAUUGAUGUUGAAAGAAAUGAUAGAAGAGCAGUUGGGCAUGAGCCUGAACAUUGGUCUGUCUAUAGAAGAUAUCUUGAAUUCUAUGUACUUGAAUCAAAACUAACAGAGUUUCAUGGCACAUUUCCUGAUGCCCAGCUUCCUUCCAAGAGGAUCAUUGGCCCCAAAAAUUAUGAAUUCUUAAAGUCAAAGAGAGAAGAAUUUCAGGAAUAUCUACAGAAACUUCUGCAGCACCCAGAACUGAGUAAUAGUCAACUUCUGGCGGAUUUUCUCUCCCCCAAUGGCGGGGAAACACAAUUUCUUGAUAAGAUACUACCAGAUGUAAAUCUUGGUAAAAUUAUAAAGUCUGUUCCUGGAAAACUAAUGAAAGAGAAAGGCCAGCAUUUGGAACCUUUCAUCAUGAAUUUCAUUAAUUCUUGUGAAUCUCCAAAGCCUAAACCAAGUAAACCGGAACUGACCAUUCUCAGCCCUACUUCAGAAAACAACAAGAAGCUUUUCAGUGAUCUAUUUAAGAAUAAUGCAAACCGUGCUGAGAAUACAGAAAGAAAGCAAAAUCAGAAUUAUUUUAUGGAGAUGAUGACUGUAGAAGGAGUCUAUGAUUACCUGAUGUAUGUAGGACGGGUGGUUUUCCAAGUUCCUGACUGGCUUCAUCAUCUCUUAAUGGGAACUCGAAUCCUGUUUAAAAAUACCUUGGAAAUGUAUACUGACUACUAUCUUCAUUGUAAACUAGAACAACUAUUUCAGGAGCACCGUUUGGUCUCACUUAUAACACUUCUCAGAGAUGCUGUAUUCUGUGAAAACACUGAACCUCGUUCUCUCCAAGAUAAGCAAAAACGAGCAAAACAGACUUUUGAAGAAAUGAUGAAUUACAUUCCAGAUCUGAUAGUCAAGUGUAUUGGUGAAGAAGCCAAGUAUGAAAGCAUCAGACUUCUAUUUGAUGGCUUACAACAGCCAGUUCUCAAUAAACAGCUGACUUAUGUUUUAUUGGACAUUGUGAUACAAGAACUAUUUCCAGAGCUCAAUAAGGUGAGAAAAAUGUUCUUAGGAGUGUAUCAUUCUGCUUGGGCUUCUAUAACAAAAUACCACAGACUGCGUGGCUCUAACAACAAAUUUAUUUCUCAUAGUUCUGGAGGCUAGAAUCCAAGGGGAAAUUUGGACAUAGAGACAGACAUACAGAGGGAAAAGGAUGUAAAAACAGAGGGAAAAUACCAGCUAUAAGGCAAGGAAUGCCUGAUGCUACCAGAAGCUAGGAGAGGCUUGGAGUAGAUUCUUCACGACAGUCUUCAGAAGGAAACAACCUUGCCAACUUGAUCUCAGGCUUCUGACCUCCAGAAGGGUGAGACUAUAAAUUUUUGUUGUUUAAGCCAUCCAGUUUAUGUCAAUUUAUUACAGCAGGCCCAGAUAACUAAUCAGGAAACUUUCCUAAUUUUGGGAAGUGUAGCCAUGGAUCUAUCCAUGGACCACAGACUCCUCAAGGGAGCAACUUUUCCUAAUGGGCAACUGUUGGCAGUCUCAACUUUCUUCUAAGAAACCCUGCUUAUUCUUUGUUAGAAACUGCUGAAGGCAGUUCUGGCACCAAAUGGAUUUAACGGAUCCAUUUGAUCAAGACAGAACAAUUGGUUUAUUUAUCAGUAUGCCUGAAGAAGAUUCUUAGAUGCACAGCCAGUUCAGACAAAUUAGUUAAAUCCCCAACAUUGUCCAACUUGGGCAUUUAUUUUUAGUAAACAACUACAAGCCUCAAAACAAUUUCUACAUUAGAUUCUGUAUAUGAAAGCCAGAAAAUAUAAGAGUAUUAUUUAAAAUAUCCUUUAUUUACUGUUUUCUCUUAUCUAAAAAUUGCAUGCAUUUUUCUUCUUGUUGUUUUGGCUGAAAAGGGGGCUAGGGAAGGUUAUCAAAUGGCAAGGGACUUAUGAUCAAGAGAAAUGAUACCAGUGAUAAACCAUCAAAAGUUUUCCUUCAGUUGUAUUGUCACAGGUUAUAAUGUUUGCUUGAGAGAAGAAAUAACUACCAAAGACAAGGAGCAUAUCUUCAGUUUUAUUGCACAAUUGAAUCUACAGCUGUAAAGUGUUUGAGGUCAUUUCUUAAACCACUGCACAAUAUAUGCACAUAUAUUUAGAAAACUUACAAAAAUGUUCUUUAAAAAUUUGUGCUCUAAUAGGAUUCAUUGUAUUUUACUGGCCAAGCAUAAAAUAUACUCCAAAUGCACCUUUCUCUAAUUUUCCUCUUCCAAUCCUAUUGACAUUUGCUUAUAGCUAAUCUGUAUAUGCAUAGAACUGAGGGCAUUAUUUUACUGCAGCAGCCUUUUUAAAGAUGUUAUAAAAUUUUUAAAGUAUAUUUUGUAUCAAGAGUACUUAAUAUUUGUAAACAUUAACAAACACUCCCUCUCCAAACCUCUAGCUGCUGUUUGCUCACCAUUUUUUUUUUCAUUUAUUAUUUUUGAGAGAGAGAGAAAAAGCAUAUACAGGGGAAGGGACAGAGAGAGGGGAGAGAGGAUCUAAAGCAGGCUCUGUGCUGACAGCAGGGAGCACGACACGGGGCUCCAACCCAUGAACCAUAACCUGGACCGAAGCUGGAUGCUUAACUGACUAAGCCACCCAGGUGCCCCUGCUCACCAUUUUUUAAGGUGAAGGCUCCCAUUUCUCACUGAAGUUUAUGCAAUGCUGAGCAGGCUCACAUGGUCUCACGACCACCUUAAGCAAGUAUUUGUUCUUUUGGUUAUAAAUCAUUUCAUCAGUCUGGGUGUUUUCCUGAACACCCACUCAGGGGCUCACUCCCAGGCAGGAGUUCUCAUAUUCAUACUUGAGCAUGACUUAAGAGUGUCCAGAUUUGCAGGCAGAUCUGACUUCAAACUUAUUACGUAUAACACUUAAAAAUCAAUCCUUGUCUCCCCUCUGAGUUUUCCAUAACUGGGGUGGGGGAUGAGAAGGGACAGAGAGAGAGAGAGACAGAGACUAGGGUAAGUGCUGGCAUCUUGCUGGCAAGAACAGGUACAAGUUUAGAAUCACACCUUAUCUUAAAAGGUUCUCAUACCCUCACAUUAGAAAGAAGGGUGGAAAGAGCACAGAGGCAGAACUGAUGGAAUCUCAUCAAAUUAUUCACAGGUAAUACUAUGUGUCAGGCACUCUUCUGCUACUCCUUCGCAAAUAUCUCUUUAACAAAUCUAAAUGCCCUUUAGCUCUUUUUCUUCCAUAAUGUAAAUAUGUCCCGGGUGUCCUGUUCUUCCUUUUCCUUUCUCCCUGCCCCUGGACUAUUUUUUGCAGGCUCUGGCCUUUCCCAUCAUCUGCUGCUGCACUGUUUGUUCCCUGACUUGUUAAAGGCACAUGGGUGGUACAGGAGAGAAUGCUGCCUGUGUUUAGUCCAUGAAACUCAAUGUAACAACAAGAUCUAAAAAGGGAAAAGUUAGAGAUAUGAAAUAAAGCAGAGACUUGUCAUCCAGGAGCUUGAUGCCAUUGACAGUUAUGAGCAGAGGAGACCAUUAAGUAUCUUUCUGAACAGCAACUGGAUGUAGUUGAAAGAGUCUGGACUUGAGGUCAGAAGACCUGGGUGCAGGUCUUAGAUUUGUCACUUUCAGCUGUAUGGCUUUGAACAAGUCAGCUCUUUGUGAGUUUCAGUUUCCCUGUCUGCCAAAUGGGAAAAACAUUGCCUGCCUUGCCCACCAAAAAAAGUUAUAGGCAUCAAAUAAGAUAAAAACUGCCUUGUAAAGGAUAGAGUUCUAUGUAAACAUAAAUUGUUUGGUGGAUUAAAAUGGAUAUUAAAAAAAUGAUUUCUGUGGUUUAAAAUUGUUAAUAUAAGUUUUAUUAAAAUUUGCAUAUGUAAACUAAA